ACAAUUCCCAGAAUGCCUUUGGCUCCCAAGCGAGCCUUGCUUUAUCGACGCUGUCAGGAACCGCUGGCGAGGCCCAGAGAAGAGGAAGAACGGCAAGAUGGCGCUGACCAGUUUUUUGCCAGCACCAACUCAGCUAUCUCAAGACCAGCUGGAAUUAGAAGAGAGGGCAAGAUCUCAAAGGGUGAGACAGACUGCAUUGGUGUCAUCACGAAGGGAGCCACCCCCUUACGGUUAUCGGAAAGGAUGGAUACCACGAAUGUUGGAGGAUUUUGGAGAUGGAGGUGCUUUUCCAGAAAUUCAUGUUGCCCAAUAUCCUCUGGAUAUGGGCCGAAAAAAGAAAAUGUCCAAUGCAUUAGCUGUUCAAGUGGAUGCAGAAGGAAAAAUAAAAUACGAUGCUAUAGCUCGGCAGGGACAGUCAAAAGACAAGGUCAUUUACAGCAAAUACACAGACCUGGUUCCAAAGGAAGUUAUGAAUGUGGAUGACCCUGAUCUGCAAAGACCUGAUGAAGAAGCUGUCAGAGAGCUUACAGAAAAGACUCGAGCAGCACUGGAAAAGUCUGUCUCCCAGAAAAUUGCAGCAGCCAUGCCAGUCCGAGCAGCUGAUAAACUAGCUCCAGCUCAAUACAUUCGAUACACACCAUCACAGCAAGGUGUGGCCUUCAACUCUGGUGCAAAACAGAGAGUUAUUAGAAUGGUGGAGAUGCAAAAAGACCCCAUGGAGCCACCAAGAUUCAAGAUUAACAAGAAAAUUCCUCGUGGACCACCAUCACCUCCAGCUCCUGUAAUGCACUCUCCCAGCAGAAAGAUGACCGUGAAGGAGCAACAAGAAUGGAAAAUUCCUCCUUGCAUUUCAAACUGGAAAAAUGCUAAGGGUUACACCAUUCCAUUAGACAAGCGUCUGGCUGCGGAUGGCAGAGGACUGCAGACUGUCCACAUUAAUGAAAACUUUGCCAAGUUGGCUGAGGCUCUCUACAUUGCUGACAGGAAGGCUCGUGAGGCUGUGGAGAUGCGAGCCCAGGUGGAGCGGAAGAUGGCCCAGAAGGAAAAAGAGAAGCAUGAGGAGAAACUCCGGGAAAUGGCCCAGAAGGCCAGGGAGCGAAGGGCAGGGAUCAAAACCCAUGUGGAGAAAGAGGAUGGAGAAGCUAGAGAACGUGAUGAAAUCAGACAUGACAGACGAAAAGAGAGACAGCACGACCGGAAUCUUUCCAGAGCAGCCCCUGACAAAAGGUCGAAGUUGCAAAGGAAUGAGAACAGAGAUAUUAGUGAAGUCAUUGCCUUGGGUGUUCCUAACCCUCGGACAUCCAGUGAGAUCCAGUAUGACCAAAGGCUCUUCAACCAGAGUAAGGGUAUGGACAGUGGCUUUGCUGGAGGAGAAGAUGAAAUUUACAAUGUCUAUGACCAGCCCUGGAGAAGUGGUAAAGACAUGGCCCAGAACAUCUACAGACCUAGUAAAAAUGUGGAUAAGGACGUGUAUGGUGAUGAUUUGGAGGCACGAAUAAAAACUACUAACAGGUUUGUUCCUGAUAAGGAAUUUUCUGGCUCAGACCGCAGGCAAAGAGGUCGAGAAGGACCAGUUCAGUUUGAGGAGGAUCCUUUCGGUCUAGACAAAUUCUUGGAGGAAGCCAAACAGCAUGGGGGCUCAAAAAGGCCUUCUGAUAGUAGCCGUCCUAAAGAACAUGAGCAUGAAGGCAAGAAGAGAAGGAAAGAGUAAGGAAUUGGUUUCAAGCAUUUUAAACAAGACUGCAGGGGAUUGUCUAAACCACCUGACAGUUCCUGUAUAGUGGAUAUAGGCACCCAGCUAAAGGGACACUUUUGCCCAAGGAACAGAGGAAGUAAGGAAAAACUGGACCACUGAAUUAUAGGUUUUGUGUUUGGGGCUCUAGCUUUGUGCUGCCCCUUUGUUUUUACACAGGUGGAGCUCUGUUCUCUUAAGGUCAGAAUAAGCUGCCUGGUGUAUAUGGAGUUCUUAGUUAAAGCUGCUUAUUCCAUCUGAUAAUACCCCCUUGUACAUAGUUUGCCCUGCUUCUGCUGUAACGUAUGUGAGAGGGGGAAGAAAGUGUAUUGUGGUUCAUUUGCUCUGCUGUGAUUGUAUAGUUCAUCUUAAGCUUAUGAGAAACAGCUGGAUUCAUUUAACUGAGAUGAAUACAUAUCCAAGUUUAUUUUAGUUUCUUUAUACAGCAGUGAAAUAAAGUCUCCUUCCUUUAA